AUGCAGAGGCCUAUGUAUUUCCGCAUCAACUCUGCCUCUUGUAUCAGGGCAGCAUGGGAAGACUUUUCAGAAAUCCUGUCCUUCCUGUUUGCCAUCUGGGAGAACAACCAGAACCCUGGGAUCUUGGCAAACCUCACCCUGGGCUACUCCAUCCAUGACAUUUAUUCUGAUUCAAGGAUAACAUCGGAUGGCCUGCUGUACCUGCUCUGUCCAGGACAGGCCAAUAUUCCUAACCACAGCUGCAGAAGCCCCAGUCACCCUUUGGCUGUCCUGGAAAGAUCCCAGUCUGACUUCUCCACCCAGAUGUCCAUCCUCUUGGGCAUCUACAAGAUCCCACAGGAGAUCAACCAGAACCCUGGGAUCUUGCCCAACCUCACCCUGGGCUACUCCAUCCAUGACACCUAUUCCGAUGCAAGGAUGACGGCGGACGCCCUGCUGGACCUGCUCUCUCCAGGGCAGGCCAAUAUUCCCAACUACGGCUGCGGAUGCCAUGGUCACCCCUUGGCUGUCCUGGAAAGAUCCCAGUCUGACUUCUCCAUCCAGAUGUCCACCCUAUUGGGCAUCUACAAGAUCCCACAGGUCAGUCAUGCUUUGGUCACUCGUGUUCGCAAUGAUCCAGCCCAGUUCCCCUAUUUCCAUCCGAGGGUCCCCAGAGACCCGACCCCGUACCAGGGGAUCGCCAGGCUGCUCCUGCUUUUCCACUGGACACUGGUGGGCCUCAUUGCCGCAGACACUGAGAACGGGGACCGGUUCAUGAGGUCCUCAACAGUGGAGCUUAUGCAGCACAGAUCAAAGAAAAGGGUCAAAUAUGAAAAUCUUCUCUCAUUUUUCCAUUUUAUUCGGGAUUUUCGGGAGAAAGCAUUCGCAUGUGCAUACAGAAAGCAUGUCCUGUCCGUGAAAGGGUUGACGAGGUGCCGAGAAGCCAAGAACCUGCAGGCCAUUUCACAAGUGGACCGGGAGAGGAUUCUUUCACUCGACAGCCAAGCCACUUACCAGAGCGUCCUGGCUGUGGCUUGUGCCUUGGAUGCUGCCUACAGCUCCAGAUCCAGGAGGACAGUGGUGGAGCGUGGAGAUUCAGCCCAUUGUACCAAGUGUCCAGAAGAUCAGCAUCCAAACAAGGGUCGAGAUCGCUGCGUCCCAAAGGCCAUAACAUUCCUGUCCUACAAAGAACCGUUGGGGGUUGUUCUUGCUUCCAUUGCCCUAUUUUUGUCUUUCAUCACAAGCUGUGUGUUAGGACUCUUCAUCAAAUUCCUAGAAACUCCCAUAGUUAAAGCCAACAACCGGGACCUCUCCUAUAUUCUCCUCAUUUCCCUUCUGCUUUCCUUUUUGUCCUCCUUCCUCUUCAUUGGCAGGCCAAGGGAGGUGACUUGCUUUCUCCAACAAACGGCCUUCAGCGUCAUUUUCUCAGUCGCUGUCUCUGCUUUGUUGGCCAAAACUACCAUGGUGGUCCUUGCAUUCCUGGCCACCAAGCCAGGGAACAAGGUCAGGGCAUGGCUGGGGAAGAGCCUGACCAACUCCAUUGUCCUCUCCUGUUCUGGUGUCCAGGUUCUCCUCUGCACCAUCUGGCUGGCCACCUCUCCCCCAUUCCCUGACUCAGACAAGCACUCCCAGCCUGGGCAGAUCAUCCUGCAGUGCAACGAAGGCUCUGUGGCCAUGUUCUACGCUGCCCUCAGCUAUAUGGGCCUUCUGGCUGCUGUCUGCUUCACAGUGGCCUUCCUGGCCAGGAAGCUGCCUGGAGCCUUCAACGAGGCCAAGCUGAUCACCUUCAGCAUGCUGGUCUUCUGCAGUGUCUGGGUGUCCUUCGUGCCCACCUACCUGAGCACAAGGGGCAUGUACAUGGUGGCUGUGCAGGUCUUCUCCAUGUUAGCCUCCAGUGCUGGGCUGCUGGGCUGCAUCUUCCUGCCCAAGUGCUACAUCAUUGCAUUGAGGCCUUAUCUGAAUACCAAGGACCAGCUAACAAAGACAAUGAAAAAUAAAAUUUAA